CUGUAUUUGCUUGAAGCUUUUAAGAUCCUUAUUGACGAUGGUGGUCAUUGGAGGUAUAAAUAUUGAAGAAUAUAUCAUUUACAGACAAGAUCUUUGAAAUCUGUUUCCUUCAGACAGCAAAGGAAGAAGAGACUUAAUCACAGCAUAACGGGCAGAGAAACGUAAAGGCUUGAAGAAACAAUACUUCACCAAUUCUUUCCAAAAGUCAAGACCCACCAAAAUCUGCUGGAUUCCUCCACCAGUCUUCCGGAUUUGAGAUGUAACGUGGGGUGCGGGAGUUCCUCAGCUGAGGGGUGUGCUAUGACAAGGAGCCAGCCUCAAUGGACAUUGCCCAUUAUCGAGAAUUAAACAGGAGAAUAUCUAAAGCAAAGCUGAAAGUGCACCGAGAAUUGUCAGAAGCCUAAAUAUCCCCAAAGUAACUAGAAGCAAGACCAUGAGGAGUAAUGUAGGCUGUUUUAUUGGAGCCAGGGAGUCAUGAAAGAAACUCAAGAAGAGAACUUGGAUCAUGAACGGAAGAUAAAAAGAAAACAAAAAGAAUGUGGCAUAUAAAGGGUAUAAUACCUGGAGGUAUUAGAUCUGACUCAUAUUUAUAAAAAUGAGACGAGCUUUCACAAAAUACAAGUUAUCUUAGUCAUCAAGCUUGGAGCCAUGCUGUUGAACUAGAAAUUCUCCUUUUCCCCAUUCUCCUUUCUGACAGGUAACAAAGGAUUGGUGAAUUAUGAUUUUCCCAAGUUGGAAGCACUAAUUUUUAUCUAUAUAGUUCAUCCUUAUGAAUAUAUAAGGAGUUAAACAUUGCAUAUUUAAUGUGGAUUAUAAUGGGAAACUGACUCAUUAACAAAAAUGGCCACUUUUAAGGACCUGGUUUCAAACUGAGCUGGAGCCUCCCAAUGCACUUUGUACAAUUUGGGGAAAGGUGUACUGAAUGGCCUUCUUUGGGAGGCCAUGAUGACAUGUAGUAAAAGGAUAUCAUCUUACUGUUGAUAUCUUUGAAGACUCAUAAACAGAAACAGAAAAAUGAAUGGUGGAAAGGAGUGUGACGGAGGGGACACGGAUGGAGGGCCACCGGCAGUGCAAGUUCCCGUUGGUUGGCAGCGACGGGUGGACCAAAGUGGAGUGCUCUACAUCAGUCCCAGUGGGUCUUUAUUAUCCUGCUUGGAGCAGGUGAAGACUUACUUGCUGACUGAUGGAACAUGCAAGUGUGGCCUAGAAUGUCCUCUUGUUCUUCCCAAGGUCUUUAAUUUUGAUCCUGGAGCUGCUGUGAAGCAGAGAACUGCUGAAGAUGUUAAAGCGGACGAAGAUGUCACCAAACUAUGCAUACAUAAAAGGAAAAUUAUUGCUGUGGCUACACUUCAUAAAAGCAUGGAAGCACCGCAUCCUUCACUAGUUCUAACCAGUCCUGGUGGUGGAACAAGUGCAACUCCGGUAGUUCCUACUCGAGCAGCAACUCCGAGAUCGAUGAGGAAUAAAUCACAUGAAGGAAUUACAAAUUCUGUGAUGCCAGAAUGUAAGACUCCUUUCAAGUUGAUGAUUGGGGCAUCUAAUGCCAUGGGUAGGCUUUAUGUGCAAGAAAUGGCUGGAAGCCAGCAACAAGAACUUCAUUCUGUCUAUCCUAGGCAGAGAUUGGGUAGUAAUGAACUUGGACAGAAGUCUCCAUAUCGUGGCAGUCACGGUGGGAUGCCCAGUCCAGCUUCAUCAGGAUCACAGAUAUAUGGAGAUGGCUCAAUCUCUCCUAGGACUGACCCACUUGGAAGCCCUGAUGUUUUCACAAGGAACAAUCCCAGUUUUCAUGGAGCACCCAACUCAAGUCCUAUUCACAUGAACAGGACACCUCUGUCUCCACCAUCAGUAAUGCUACACGGUUCUCCCAUACAGUCAUCCUGUGCAAUGGCUGGAAGGACUAAUAUACCUCUUUCCCCAACCUUGACCACAAAAAGCCCUGUAAUGAAAAAAACCAUGUGUAAUUUUUCAACUGGUAUGGAAAUACCACGAGCAAUGUUCCACCAUAAACCACCCCAAGGUCCGCCCCCACCUCCUCCACCACCUUCUUGUGCUCUUCAGAAAAAGCCAUUAACAUCAGAAAAGGAUCCACUUGGCAUACUUGACCCUAUUCCUAGCAAACCAGUCAAUCAGAAUCCUGUUAUCAUUAACCCAACUACUUUCCAUUCAAAUGUCCACUCUCAGGUACCCGUGAUGAAUGUAAGCAUGCCUCCUGCUGUCGUCCCUUUGCCAAGUAAUCUUCCUUUGCCAACGGUAAAACCCGGUCACAUGAACCAUGGAAGUCAUGUUCAAAGAGUUCAACAUUCAGCUUCAACCUCCCUAUCUCCUUCGCCAGUGACGUCCCCCGUUCAUAUGAUGGGAUCCGGGAUUGGAAGGAUCGAGGCUUCUCCCCAAAGAUCACGUUCUUCUUCCACGUCGUCAGAUCAUGGAAAUUUCCUGCUGCCUCCAGUAGGACCGCAGUCAUCUUGUACUGGUAUGAAAGUUCCUCCCCGGUCCCCAAGGUCAACAAUAGGGUCACCAAGACCAUCUAUGCCAUCUAGCCCUUCCACCAAGCACGAUGGACUUAAUCAAUACAAGGACAUCCCUAACCCAUUAAUUGCUGGAAUGAGUAAUGUAUUAAAUCCUCCAAACAAUGCAGUUUUUAAUACUGCAUCGGCUGGAAGUGGUUCAUUGAAGAGUCAGCCUGGUUUGCUGGGAAUGCCUUUAAAUCAGAUCUUGAACCAGCACAAUGCUGCCUCUUUUCCAGCAAGUAGUUUACUCUCAGCAGCAGCCAAAGCACAGCUAGCAAAUCAAAAUAAACUUGCUGGUAACAACAAUAACAGCAGUAGCAAUUCUGGACCUGUUGCCAGCGGUGGCAACAACGAAGGACAUAGCACUUUAAAUACCAUGUUCCCUCCUGCUGCCAAUGUGCUUCUACCAACGACUGAAGGGCAAAGUGGUCGAGCAGCGCUGAGAGAUAAGUUGAUGUCUCAGCAGAAAGAUCCUCUGAGAAAAAGAAAGCAGCCAACCACCACGGUGUUGAGUUUGCUGAGGCAGUCUCAGUUGGAGAGUUCUGGAGUUUCCAAAGCUGGAUCUGAUUUGAUAAGAAAGCAAAGUCAAAGCUCGUUUCCCAUCAGCUCUAUGUCCCAGUUACUUCAGUCCAUGAGUUGUCAAAGCUCUCACAUGAGCAGCAAUAGUACCACCAGUUGUGGGAGCUCAAAUACUGUUUUGCCUUGCUCUGGUAACCAGAUGCAUUUCGCAGACACCAGUAUGAAUUCUGGCACUCUUCAGAACUCGCUGGCGCAGAGUUUACCGUUACGAGGGGAAGGUCUGCACUGCCAGAACACAAACACUAACUUUGUCCAUGGUACUAGCCCAGGCACAACCAACCAUCUCGCAGGUUUAAUAAAUCAGAUGCAGGCUAGCGGGAACUGUGGGAUGCUCAGUCAGUCAGGAAUGGCUUUAGGAAAUUCAUUACAUCCGAACCCACCUCAGUCAAGAAUCCAGGCAUCCUCCACUCCAGUGAUACCAAACAGCAUUGCUAGCAGCUGUAAUCAAACAAGUCCUGAAGCAGGGGGUUCAGGACCGUCAUCAUCAAUAGCCAUAGCUGGCACCAGCCAACCUGCCAUCACAAAGACAACGUCUGUUCUUCAAGAUGGUGUUAUAGUCACUACUGCAGCUGGAAACCCACUUCAGAGCCAGCUGCCCAUCGGGAGCGAUUUCCCUUUCGCUGGCCAUGAACACUCGCUUCAUUUCCCGCAGAACAGCUCUUCAAACAACAAUCUUCCACAUUCUUUGAAUCAAAACCUCCUCAGUUCUCUACCUAUCUCUUUGCCAGUGAAUCAGCAACAUCUCCUAAACCAGAAUCUAUUAAAUAUACUGCAGCCUUCAGCAGGAGAAGGCAAGUCUGAGGUCAACCUCAACCCUUUAGGUUUUCUCAACCCGAAUGUAAAUGCUGCUUUAGCUUUUCUCUCCAGUGACGUGGAUGGGCAGGUAUUGCAACCUGUUCAUUUUCAGCUUCUAGCAACCCUCCUCCAGAACCAAGCCCAAGCAGCUGCCAUGCUUCCCCUACCAUCUUUCAAUCUGACCAUCUCAGAUUUGCUGCAACAGCAAAAUAACCCUUUGCCCUCAGUAACACAGAUGACAGCCCCACCUGACCAUUUGCCAAGCAAUCAGUCAGAAAGCAACAGGGUUGAGACCCUUUUAACCAACCCCCUGGGGAACCCCAUACCAAGCUUUUCAGGCACUGACACUACUUCUAACCCCCUGCUCCUCCCAGCUGUCUCUGGGGCCUCAGCAUUAAUGGCCUUGAAUCCCCAGCUGGUGGGAGGUGUCCUGAACUCUGCAUCGGGCAACACCGCUAAUCAUCCAGAGGUUUCCAUAGCCACCUCCUCCCAGGCAACCACUACCACAACCACUACAUCAUCAGCAGUGGCAGCACUGUCUGUCUCAACCCUGGGUGGUGGGACAGCAGUGGUGUCAAUGGCAGAAACAUUGCUGAACAUAUCUAAUAAUGCUGGGAAUGCAUCUGGUCCAGCUAAACUCAACAAUAACUCUGUGGUGCCACAGCUACUUAACCCUCUACUGGGGACAGGUCUGCUUGGUGACAUGUCAUCUAUAAACACUACUUUGAAUAACCAUCAGCUGAGUCAUCUCCAGUCGCUAUUAAACAACAAUCAGAUGUUUCCUUCAAAUCAGCAGCAACAGCACCUUCUCCAGGGGUAUCAGAACAUGCAGGGCUUUCAAGGCCAGCCCCCAAUUCCUGGCCCGGCUAACAACCCAAACCCCAUGGCAUGUCUGUUCCAAAAUUUCCAGGUGAGAAUGCAGGAAGAUGCUGCUGUCGUAAACAAAAGAAUGAUCACUCAGAUGGGAAUGGCACCAGUUCCCGAGAGCUCCAACACUAUGCUUCCUCCUUUCCAAGAAACAUCUUGUGAUUUGCAGCAAAGAACUGAACCAUCUCUUGGACAACAGGCAAAGGAUAACCUCAAUGUCGCUGCUCAGGGUGAUACAUCGGUGGACGCUAUCUACAAAGCAGUUGUAGAUGCUGCAAGCAAGGGAAUGCAAGUAGUAAUCACCACUGCCGUUAGCAGUACAACACAGAUGAGUCCCAUUCCAGCUUUGAGUGCCAUGAGUGCCUUCACAGCCUCAAUUGGUGACCCAUUAAAUCUUUCUAGUGCUGUCAGUGCAGUAAUCCAUGGAAGAAACAUUGCUGUUUCUGAUCACGAAGGUAGGAUAAGGAACACUAGAGGAACGCGAAUACUGAAGAAUUCAGAACACGGUAAAAAUUCAAGUGAAGGGGAUGGGUAUGAAUAUUACAAAUCAACAAGUUGUAACACACCCAAAAAACAGUGGGAAGGGGAGCAAAGUCCUGUCAGUGAGAUAAACAGAUGGAAAUGUGAUGAGUUUCUAGACCACUCUGCACAUAUCCAUAGUAGUCCUUGUCACGAAAGGCCCAAUAACAUCUCCACACUGCCACUAUUACAAGGCGAGCAGCAUCAGAUACUGUUAUCACAGCGAAACUGUCAAGGUGAUAAAAUGUUGGAGGAGAAUUUCAGGUAUAACAAUUACAAAAGAACUAUGAUGAGUUUUAAGGAAAGACUGGAGAACACUGUGGAACGAUGUGCACACAUAAAUGGAAAUAGGCCUCAGCAGAACAGAGGAUUUGGGGAGUUGCUGAACACUUCUAAACAAGACCUGAUUCUGGAAGAGCAAUCUCCAAGUUCCUCAAAUAGCUUGGAAAGUUCAUUAGUUAAAGACUAUAUCCAUUACAAUGGAGAUUUUAAUGCCAAAAGCAUUAAUGGGUGUGUGCCUAGCCCUUCAGAUGCUAAAAGCAUCAGUAGUGAAGAUGACCUAAGGAAUCCAGAUUCCCCUUCUUCAAACGAGCUGAUACAUUACAGGCCGAGGACGUUUAAUGUUGGCGACUUGGUCUGGGGCCAAAUCAAAGGACUGACUUCAUGGCCUGGAAAACUAGUAAGAGAAGAAGAAGUUCACAAUUCAUGUCAACAAAACGCUGAGGAGGGGAAGGUCUGGGUAAUGUGGUUUGGUGUUCAUACCUUCACUCAGGUGGAGCCAGAGAAGUUGAAGACACUAACAGAAGGUCUAGAAGCUUACAACCGAGCCAGAAAAAGGAACAGAAAAAGUGGAAAGCUAAAUAACCAUUUAGAAGCUGCUAUACAUGAGGCCAUGAGUGAACUAGACAAAAUGUCUGGGAAUGUCCACCAAAUCCCACAGGGAGACAGACAAGUGAAGCCUCCAAAACCCAAGAGGAGGAAGAUCUCUAGAUAACAUUGAAUGUCUUUGUUACUGGUCCAGUACUUAUCAAAACGAACGUGCACAUAAGUCUGUAUGUAGGUAUUGGUAUAGACGUGGUUAUAUCAAUAUUUAUAUGAACAGAUAGACGCCACCGCAGGGUGCUACGUGGAGUAGUGGUACAAUAUUUUUGAUGAUUAGGAGGGAUAGCGGUUGCUGGAUAAACCAAUCAAAACUCUUGAAAGGUUACAGUAACAAUGUCAGAUGAUUACUGAUUUUUUUUUCUAUAAUACUAAAAUUGUGAUUAUAAGAAAUAGUCCAAAUGUUUCUGAGAAAUUUUCAUUGUGUAUAUAGAUAAUACAGAAUUUCAUGGUGAUAUCUGAAAUGUAAAUAUUGUACAAUAUUGUCAUGUACAAGCGUACCUAAUGCACACUUUAUCUUUUAUUGUACAAAAAAAAUAGUGUACAAAAUUCUUUGGUUUCUAUUGAGUACACAUACAAGAGACUACCAGUGUAAAGUGAUAAAUAAAAAUACAGCCUAAAUGCUUUUAUAUGAUAAUGUAAAAGAUGCUGUUUUUGUAUUUAACAGCAGAGAGAAGGCAUGAUUAUGUAAUACCUUAAUUAUGACAUACACUUCACGCCACUGAGUGUUCAUUUAUACUGUCUGUUGGAAUGAACCUUGCCUGGAAGUACUGUACUCCAUUCAGGUCUCUGUAGGAGAGUGCAACCUUGCAGAUUCCUAACGGGACGUGGGAUCACAGCUCUAAUUAAUAAUUCAAAGGCUGCAACCACCGGUUGCGUUUUUAUUUACUUAACUUUUAAGGUAGAAUGCUGUAGAUUUUAUUAAAAAGAAA